ACAAAAAUCACAUCCCAGCACCGAGGUACAGAAGAUAAAGACAGUUUGCCAGUUCUGACCUGAAGCUUUAACUCUGUCUCUCUCUCUCUCUCCACGGAACCUGCUGAGUUUCCUAUAGUGCAUGUUUGGUUUCCUUCGGAAAAUUUCAGGUCGAGAGCUUUGUUGGAGGUUUGCUUCAGGAGGAUGUUCUCGCUGCUGGUUGUGGUCCUUCUGGCAGCAGCUGGCAGCAAAGCCAGCCAGCCCCGAGCCCUCUGGCAGUUCUACCAUGUGAUUCUGUGCAGCACUCCAGGCAGUCACCCCUUGCUGGAUUUCAGUAACUAUGGCUGCUACUGCGGAUUUGGGGGAUCUGGGACCCCCGUGGAUGAUCUGGACAAGUGCUGUCAAAUCCACGAUAACUGUUACAGUGAGGCCUUGAAGCUAAAGGAGUGCAGGCCAAUUUUUGACAAUCCUUACACCAUCAUCUACAGUUAUACCUGUUCUGAGAACACUGUCACGUGCAUCAACAAAAAUAGCCCUUGUAAGAUGUUUGUCUGUGAAUGUGACCGUAAGGCAGCCAUCUGCUUCUCAAAGGCAAAAUACAAUCGUCAGCAUAAGAACCUGGACCAGUCUCACUACUGUAAAUAGGAAAUGAAUGUUGUUAACCAGGUGUUACUUUGAAAUAUGAAAUAUAUUUUCAUUCUAUAUAGUGUCCUAUUUCGAAACUGUAAGUAUCUUUGAUUUUCAUAUUCAACCUGUUUUCUACAAAUUGCAGUCACAUUUAAAUCCAAAAAUCUAUGUUCUGUGCUCAUAGUCUUUGACCAAUGUCACAUUUACAUCGGGCAUUAUCUGUGCCUUUAGCAUUCUGAAGACCUGGACCAUGUAGAAUCACGACAGUGUGGAAGCAGGCUAAUCAACCCAUCAAGUCAUACUGACCCUCUGAAGAGUGUUCCAACCAGACCCACCCCAUCCUGAUAACCCUGUACUUCCCAUUGGCUAAUCCGUGUAGCCUCUACAUCCUUGGACACUCUACCAUGGCCAAUCCAUCAAACCUGCACAUCUUUGGACUGUGGGAACAAACCAGAGUCCCCAGAUGCAGACACGAAGAGAAUGUGCAACUCCACACAGACAGUCACCUGAGGGUGGAAUCGAACCCAGGUCCCUGGCGCUGUGAGGCAGCAGUGCUAACCACUGAGCCACCGUGCUACUCGAUGUGUCCUUCAAUCUUCUUUUCAAUGAAAGCAAGUUCAGCUCGUGAAGCCCUCACAAUUUUAGAAAUCUAAAUCUGGGAUCGUACAUGUCAAUUUCCUUCAAAUCCUUUUCAAAACCUUCACUUGCCAUCAUUUAGUGCUUUUAUUUUGACAAGCCUGUUUAAAUCUUGCUGAUCAGCGCAACAUAAGUUCAUAAGAAAUAGGGCCAGAAUUAGGCCAUUCAGUCCAUUGAAGUCUGCUGCACCAUUCAACCAUGGCUGAAAUGCUCCUCACCCCCAUUUUCCUGCCUUCUCCCCAUAACCCUUCAAUCCAUUACCAAUUAUAAAUCUGUCUAACUCCUCCUUAAAUGUGUUCACUGUCUCAGCAUCCACCACACUUUGGGGGAGCGAAUUCCACAGAUUCACAACCCUUUGGGAGACGUAGUUUCUCCUCAACUCUGUUUUAAACUUGCUGGCCCUUAUGCUAAGAUAUGACUGCUCAUCCCAGAAUGCCUCACAUCAGGAAGCGUCUGCUCCACGCCUAUUUUAUAAUUACCUUUUAUCAUCUUGAAUAUCUCAAUUUGAUCUCCCCACAUUAUUCUAAAUUCCAGAGAAAAUUGGCGUAAACUGUUCAAUCUCUCUUCAUAAGACAAAUUCCUCAUCUCUGGGAUCAAUCUAGUGAACCUCCUCUGAACUGCUUCCUAUGCCACUACAUCUUUCCUCAAGUAAGGACGAAAGCUGAGCACGAUACUCCAGGUGCGACCCCCCGCCCCCCCAU